AUGGCUCAAGAUGGGAUAGACAACGACUCGGGCGGACUCUUCAACAUCUCCAUCUCUGACUCUGAAGGCGAGGACGGCGGCAUCGACACGAGCCACGGCAUCGCCGCCUCCUCCAAGAAGGAGAACCGCACCGGCCAGUCCCUGGAGGCAUUCCGGGCCGUCAAGAGCGGAUACCGGGCCAAGGUUGAGAACGGCGAGAUAUGGAAGUCUGUGGAUGUGCCGCUGGGCCCUCGCAAGGUACCGAAGCACGAGGCCCAGGAGCUGCUUCACGCUGUGGAGGAGCUCUACUUCUUCCGCAGGUUCGAGGAGGCUGUGUCGCUCGUCGCCAAGAUCUUUGAGGGCGAGGGUGGUGGGGAUGGACUUGAUGGGGAUGUCCGAAGUUUGCUGACGACCUACGAGAAGAAAUGCAAUGAGAAGUUGGGUCGGUAG